AUGACAGCUCCAUCUGCCUCCUCAACAGCAGCAACACAACUAAUGGACCCCAACUCACCUCUCGCAGGUUAUCCACGCGACAACCUCAAACAUGUCGUUAUCACUGCUACCUGCUUCGCGUUCAUACUAUCCACAUUCUCUGUGGGCUUUCGAUUGGUUUCGAGGAAAAUCAAUGGAAAGGGACUGUAUCUGGACGAUUUCUUCAUCGUAGGGGCGUUGUUGUUUGAGUAUGGAAUCUCAAUUGCGGGUGUUGUUCUUCUGUACCAUGGACUAGGACAGCAUAUAAUCUACGUCCCUGCCGAAGAUCUGGUCAUAUACCAGAAAACCCUCUUCACCGGCUCCUUCCUCUACACCGGCUGCAUCGUCUGCAUCAAACUCUCCAUCCUCGCCCUCUACCGCCGCCUCUUCCCCACAAAACUCAUGCUAGCCCUCGUCUACACAGUCGGUCUUCUCGUAAUACUCUGGGGCUUUGGGGUGUGUCUCGUUGGCGGUCUGGUCUGCAUUCCCGUCCGCAAACUCUGGGAUCCCACCGUUGUCGGCGGCUGUCUAGAUUUGGCGAAAUUCUACUACGGGCUGCAAAUUCCUAACAUUCUGACUGAUGCGAUUAUCUUGGUCAUGCCGAUGAAGGUGCUCUGGGGAUUGCCCAUCUUGAAAACGCAGAAGAGUUUGUUGUCGGGUAUUUUCGUGGUGGGUAUAUUGACCUUUGUGUUCGAUAUUGUAAGGCUUGUGGCGUUGAUUGAUUUGUCGAAGAGUGGUACUGAUGCUACCUACAACGAAGUCCAGAGCUCGGUGUGGACGUGCAUCGAGCCCGCAGUUGGUAUCACAGCCGCUUGUCUUUCGAAUAUGCGUCCGUUGUUCAAGGUUACUCACGAUAAGAUCUGGGUUGGAUUAACGUCUACGCUCACAGGUCGAGGGAGUCAGAGCAGUCAGCAGUCGCUGCGCAACAAGAAUUCAGAGAUAAGUAAUAGCUCUGAACGUUCGGGUAAUUCGAAUGGCUCUUCAGGUGAGAAAAAUACUAUUUCUGGCGAGGAGGAGAAGCAAGCUGUGUCGCCGAAGACGUUGGCUUGA